GGGAUAUGGGUGUAAUUUUUCAGUUGGGAACCGUCAUCCGUGCGUGUUGGCUGUUCCUGCUGUGACUUCUCUUCUAACUUAAAACCAACGAGGACCCAGCUCAGGGGAAAUGGUAGCCUAAUGUUUUGGGCGGCGAACACUGGCCGACUGCUCGAUUGAUUGACUGUCGAGAGAGAGCGAGAAAGAGGCACUCGUUUUUAUUCAUUUCGCCACCGCUCCAAAUCGCAAAAUGAGCAGCGCGUCGGGUGUGACUGUGUCUGACGCGUGCAAGACGACGUACGAGGAGAUCAAGAAGGACAAGAAGCACCGCUACGUCGUCUUCUUCAUCCGUGAUGAGAAGCAAAUCGACGUAGAAGUCAUAGGCGACCGGAACGCCACUUACGACUCGUUCCUCGAGGAUCUCCAGAAGGGUGGAACCGGCGAAUGCCGUUAUGGCCUCUUCGACUUUGAGUACACACAUCAGUGUCAAGGCACCUCAGAGGCCUCAAAAAAACAGAAGCUGUUCCUGAUGUCGUGGUGCCCUGACACUGCUAAGGUCAAGAAGAAGAUGUUGUACUCGUCCAGCUUUGACGCGCUCAAGAAGUCCCUCGUAGGAGUGCAAAAAUACAUCCAGGCCACGGAUCUGUCCGAAGCGUCGGAAGAAGCGGUGGAAGAGAAGUUGCGCGCCACCGACAGGCAGUAGGUCGGCCGCGUGCCAAGGGCGGCUGAACGCUCUCCAGCGCCCGGAUGGAGCUCUAAUGCUCGACUCUGCUCGUCAAAACACACAUGCCCCCCUACUCUACUAUUCUCUUUACGCUGUCACACUAAAGAUAUUCCGCCAUCGCUGCUGCUGCUGCUUUUAGGAAAAUUUACACUACACACACUCUGAUCGAAGUCAACAACAACUAGUUUCUUUCACUCAGUGAACAGGGUGGGUUUGCAUACUCGAAUGUCCAUUCUGGGGUGAACUCUGCUGCUUGUAAUUGGAUGUCUAAAAAGUGUGAUUUCAUUUGGAGUAGAUCCACCUUCUUGAUUUGCACAAUUUUAAUAUACAUUUUGCCAAUUAACUUGAGAAAGGAACAAUAAAUUAAAAGAUAAUUGUAUUAUUACUCGAGGACUGAUUUUUAUUAAGCACAUUUUCUGCUUUUUUUAAUUCGCUCAGCGGAAACCAGCAACAAGGGGUGUCAUCAGCAACGAUUGAAACUGAUAAUUUUUUUCUUGCUAUUUAUUUAAUUCGUUUAUCGCGCGCAGCGAAGCAAAAGUGCGAAACAGAUUUUCUAGUCUCAACUUGUGCUUUUGCUCCGUUUUCCAUGAUUAAGCUGUGGAUUGCGCCAACAACGGGAUAUCUUAAGUAUUACUACACAAGGGGCAAAUACAUAUGAAAUAAUCCAUUGUUUAUUAAAUAUAUAAAUUCACUUUUUCUGAUUUUUUAUACAGAUUCAAAAUAAUGCUACCCGCCCAACCUUGUCGAGUAUUAUGAACGAGACAAGUGGUAAAACGUAAUUUAAAUGCUUUUCUCAAUUAGGGGUCUUGUCACCAAGUGAAGUGAGAGCCAAAAACUGCGGAAAACAAAAUUUUGUGUUAAUUAUCUGUAAAAGUUCACGUGAAUUAAUAAAAAAAUUGGUACAGUGUA